UCUGUCGCCCAGGCUGGAGUACAGUGGCGGCAGUUCAGCUCACUGCAACCUCUGCCUCCCGGGUUUAAGCGAUUCUCCUGCCUCAGCCUCCCGAGUAGCUGGGACUACAGGCAUACGCCACCACACCCAGCUAAUUUUUGUAUUUUUAGUAGAGACAGGGUUUCCCCAUGUUGACCAGGCUGGUUUUGAACUCCUGACCUCAGGUGAUCCACCUGCCUUGGCCUCCCAAAUUGCUAGGAUUACAGGCAUGAGCCACCACGCCCGGCCUAAAGAAAAAUUUUUAAAAAGAAGUGAUUUUAAUACAGCUUUUCACAUGAAUGAUGUUUGAGGUCUUGGCUAGGGACUCUAGAUAGCGGACCCUGACAUGAAGGCAAUCAGUUUAAAAGUAAGAAUUUGGCAAGAAUAAAAAAUUACUUGCUAAGGAAUAAAGGAGGCAAAAUUUUAUGUAAAUUCUUAGACUAUGUAGAAUCUUAAGACUAUGUAGAAUCACAGAAUUUCAAAUUAUUUCUAGAAAGUAUAAGAAAUUAUUCAUUCAACGAAUAUUUACUGAGUACUAGGAUAAUUUGGGGACCAACACAGAUAGGUCUCUGCUUUUAGGGCUCAUAUGAGGGGCCGUUAGGUAGUGGGGAACUAGGAACAAACAGGCAACCUCAGGAAGGUGAUGGCUGCCACAGUGGGAAGCACACCGUGGAUCUAGAUACCUAGGGGAUCACAGCAAGCCUUGUGGAGAAAACGACAUCCGAGUUCAAACUUGAAGGAUAAUUCUCAUUCAUUCAGUCUAUUCAUCUGACAGGUAAGAAAACUAAAGCUUAGAAUAUUUGUGGUUUACAUGGAACAAAUUAAUGGCAAGCCAAUCCCUUAGGUGGCUUGUUAUUCCUGGGUCUUGCCUUGAUUGCACGUUUCCUGAGCGCAGUAUCUUAAACUUUCAUCUUUCAUAGAACAAAGUAAGCGUUGAGUAAAUAAUUACUGAUAACUUUCAACCUGUUGACAAGGCUGACACCUAUCUGAAAAUGCAGGAAGUGCAUUUGCCUUUCAGUCCUUAGGAAUUUGCAGUCUACAGCAGUCAUUCAUUUUGGAGUUACUUGUAUUUCUGGUUCCUCAGUGGUGUGCUGAAUAUUGUCUUUCCAUCCACUACCAGCACGGGGGCGUGAUAUGCACACAGGUCCACAAGCAGACUGUGGUCCAGCUCGCCCUGCGGGUGGCGGAUGAAAUGGACGUUAACAUUGGUCAUGAGGUUGGCUACAUGAUCCCUUUCGAGAACUGCUGUACCAACGAAACAAUCCUGAGGUAUUGUACUGAUGAUAUGUUGCAAAGAGAAAUGAUGUCCAAUCCUUUUUUGGGUAGCUAUGGGGUCAUCAUCUUAGAUGAUAUUCAUGAAAGAAGCAUUGCAACUGAUGUGUUACUUGGACUUCUUAAAGAUAUUUUACUAGCAAGACCAGAACUGAAGCUCAUAAUUAACUCCUCACCUCACCUCAUCAGCAAACUCAAUUCUUAUUAUGGAAACGUGCCUCUCAUAGAAGUGAAAAAUAAACACCCCGUGGAGGUUGUGUACCUUAGUGAGGCUCAAAAGGAUUCUUUUGAGUCUAUUUUACGCCUUAUCUUUGAAAUUCACCACUCGGGUGAGAAAGGUGACAUUGUAGUCUUUCUGGCCUGUGAACAAGAUAUUGAGAAAGUCUGUGAAAUUGUCUAUCAAGGAUCUAACCUAAACCCAGAUCUUGGAGAACUGGUUGUUGUUCCUUUGUAUCCAAAAGAGAAAUGUUCAUUGUUCAAGCCACUCGAUGAAACAGAAAAAAGAUGCCAAGUUUAUCAAAGAAGAGUGGUGUUAACUACUAGCUCUGGAGAGUUUUUGAUCUGGAGUAACUCAGUCAAAUUUGUUAUCGAUGUGGGUGUGGAAAGAAGAAAGGUGUACAACCCGAGAAUAAGAGCAAACUCGCUCGUCAUGCAGCCCAUCAGCCAGAGCCAGGCAGAGAUACGCAAGCAGAUUCUUGGCUCAUCUUCUUCAGGAAAAUUUUUCUGCCUGUACACUGAAGAAUUUGCUUCCAAAGACAUGACGCCACUUAAGCCGGCAGAAAUGCAGGAAGCCAACCUAACAAGCAUGGUGCUUUUUAUGAAGAGGAUAGACAUUGCGGGCCUAGGCCACUGUGACUUCAUGAACAGACCAGCACCAGAAAGUUUGAUGCAGGCAUUGGAAGACUUAGAUUAUCUGGCAGCACUGGAUAAUGAUGGCAAUCUUUCUGAAUUUGGAAUCAUCAUGUCAGAGUUUCCUCUUGAUCCACAACUCUCGAAGUCUAUCUUAGCGUCCUGUGAAUUUGACUGUGUAGAUGAAGUGUUAACAAUCGCUGCCAUGGUAACAGCUCCAAAUUGCUUUUCACAUGUGCCACAUGGAGCAGAAGAGGUUGCCUUGACGUGUUGGAAGACAUUUUUACAUCCUGAAGGAGAUCACUUUACCCUCAUCAGCAUUUAUAAGGCCUACCAAGAUACAACUCUGAAUUCUAGCAGUGAGUACUGUGUUGAAAAGUGGUGUCAUGAUUACUUCCUCAAUUGUUCAGCACUCAGAAUGGCAGAUGUUAUUCGAGCUGAACUCUUAGAAAUUAUCAAGCGAAUCGAGCUUCCCUAUGCAGAACCUGCUUUUGGCUCCAAGGAAAACACUCUAAACAUAAAGAAAGCUCUUCUGUCCGGUUACUUUAUGCAGAUUGCUCGGGAUGUUGAUGGAUCAGGUAACUACUUAAUGCUGACACAUAAGCAGGUUGCUCAGCUGCAUCCCCUGUCUGGUUACUCAAUCACCAAGAAGAUGCCAGAGUGGGUCCUCUUCCAUAAAUUCAGCAUUUCUGAGAACAACUACAUCAGGAUUACCUCAGAAAUCUCUCCUGAACUAUUUAUGCAACUGGUACCACAAUACUAUUUCAGUAAUCUGCCUCCUAGUGAAAGUAAAGAUAUUCUACAGCAAGUAAUGGAUCACCUAUCCCCUAUGUCAACAAUGAAUAAGGAACAGAAAAUGUGUGAGACGUGCCCUGAAACUGCUGAACAGAGAUGCACUCUCCAGUGACUCCUCAGCAAACACAAGGUGCAGUAGGGUCCCAAAGGUAGCUGGAUGGCUGAACUGCUGGAGAUGGGAGAUACGUGACAUGAAGACGGAUUUCACACCCACAGGACAGUCUUGAAGAAAAUAACACUGUGUAUAUUAUUUUAAAAUAAAAAAUAGAAGUUUUUAUUGAGUUCUUUAAAUUACUACUUCACGUUUUUCUUCUUCUUGGAAAAGUUUUUAAAUCAACCACUCAUAAUUUGACCAAAAUUUUAAAAAACUGGUAUUUUGCAAAUGUGUCACAGACACAUGGGACAGAACCCCACUUUUUGUAGAGGACCUUAAUCUGAAUAAAGUCUGAGUUUUUCAGUAAA